AAAUUUUUCGGAAAAAAAUGCAAUGAUCACCAUGACCAUGUUAGCGCCUUAUUCGGCUGCAUCUGUUAGUAUCUUGUGGAGGAAAGUAAAGCUUGAGAUUAAUUUGAAGGAUGAUCUUGACCGGACUCCCCUACAUCAUGCAAUUAUUGCACCGAACUUUCCCAUUGCUGUGUAUUUGCAUGAAAAUGCUGCAAAUCCGAAUGCUGUAACUAUCAAGCGGGAAACCGCUUUGCAUUUUGCUGCAGAAAAAGAGUCGAAGGAACUUCUAAAGCCGUUACUGUCGAAAGGUGCUGACAUCAAUGCAGUGACUUAUCGCAGCACCCCAUUGCAUCUCGCACUAGCUGAGGGAAAGAUGGAUUUUGUUGAGUUUUUGUUGCAUAAAAAUGCCAGUCUGAUUGCAACAUGUACUUUUCUAUGGUGUUAUUUGACUGCUUGGAAAAUCUUGCGGGGGAAGCGGAAGUCGAAAGAGCAAUUUUGGCUGUCAAAAUCAAAGGCAGCAGAGGCUCUCAACAGGAAGGAUUAUUUUGGGGCAGUAAAGUUGUACACUGAGACGCUCUAUUGCAGUCCUAAAGAUGCAACUAUUUUAUGCAACCGAAGCUUGUGUUGGCUUCUCUUAAAUGAAGGGGGGACUUGCAUUAGAACAAGCUGAAUUUUGUAUUCGCCUUAGGCCUGACUGGCCAAAGGCACACUAUAGGGCACGUGCUGCAUGGAUGUUAUUGAAAUUUCAUGAUAAAUAAAGACAGGAUUUUGCAAAUGCGGCCGACGCCUUUUGCAAGGCUUGGGAGUUGGAUCAUGAAAAUAAAGAAAUUGAACAAGCCUUUUGGAAAGCUGUUGAAGCCCAGCAAAAGGGACUGCCUUCUUCCUCCUCUGGACAUUUUUAGUAUGACAUAGCUCAUUUUCUUCCAUGCUUGCCACUACCCUUCUCUGUUCUAUUAAGGGAGUUGUUUACACGUCUAAACCUUUAUAAUGUUGUAGUCUUUUGGUUGAAACUUGGAUGUUGGGUUUUUUUUCUGCCAUCAUGCCUUAAUCUAUUCUCUACAAACUAUAGAUUAUUGGUGUUGGCUUUGCUUCUAUUUUUGAAGAGUGUACAUUCUUAACAGGGGAUGGGCAAAAUACCGAAUUCUUAAAAUCCCGUCUGACUCUUUUUAAACUUAACUUGUUUUGAUAUCUAAUUUUUGUUUAUAAAUUUUGUUUAAUCAA